GUACUUCUUCUGAUAUUUAUAAAACCAGAGAUAACCGAACAUCAAAGUGAUCAGAUAACCGGAGAUAAAACCGAUUCAAUGGCGGACAUAGCGAUUUUGGUUGCGGAGGAGUACGAAAGGAGGAUGAGACAUCCGGCGGGUUCGAAAUCAGCGCCGGCGGAAUUCGAUUGGAAGAAAAUAACUCCGGCGAAGAUGGCUGUAGCUAUCGACAAGAUGAAGAUUGAGAGUUUGAAGAACAACUUUGAAACUAAAUCUCACUUCGCUCUCGCCAUCUCUCAUGGCUUCUUCUCUGCUUGAUUCUCAAGUUUUGUUUAUAGCUAAUUUCGUUUUUCUUAACCUUAUUAAUCUAUUUGCUUUGUGAAGUUUUUAUGUAAAUAACUUAAGUAAGUAUGUGAAUUAAUCAAAAUGUUACUUUUGGUUUA